AUGCCGGAAUACAUGGAUGACCCUUCGCAGCUCACCAAGGAUCAGCUUAAAAGUGAGUUGGUGGCUCACAACGUGGAGCUCCCGAGCGGCAACCACAACAAAGACGUCUACGUCCAGCUUUAUCGGAAAAAUUUGACCGCGCAGAACAAAAAGCAUGACUACGCCAUGAAUUUGGACGCCUUCUCAAGUGACGAGGAGCUACCCCCACCAGUGAUCUCCAGCAGAAGUCGCUCCUCCGGCAAAAAAGCGCCCAAGAAAACUGAUAAGAGUCUGCCAGACAAGCUAGAUGUGACUUCUCUGACUGAUGAAUACCUGAGGGAAGAGCUUCUCAAACAUGGAGUAGAUGCUGGUCCAAUUGUGGCUUCAACCCGUAAACUUUACGAGAAGAAACUGCAGAAGCUACUUGAUGGCGGCCCUGCUCAUGCAACAAUCACAAAGAUAGUCGUCACAGAGAUAGAAGUAAACCACAACGGCAACUCUGAAUCUGACCUCUACAGCGACAAGGAGGAUGAUGUGACACCCCAACCGGAGCCUGAGAAAGUGGCGGAACCUGAACCAGUUCCAGUGGUGGAGAGGCCCGUUAGGAGCAGAGGGAAGACUCCAGUCACUACCCGAACUCGCAGCAGUGAACAUAAGAUUGUGGAGAAGAUAACAGCCAGAGACCAAACUCCCAAGCUGGAUAAGCAAGAAGUUCUUAAAGAGCUGUUCACCAAUGACGUCAGUAGUCCAACAGGAAUCACGGCCACGUGUCGGCGACCAAUCCGGGGAGCUGCCGGGCGCCCGGUGAUCUCCAGCGACCUCUGGAAUGAUGAAAACUCCUACUUUUCUCCCAAAGCUACUAAAAGCAUCAGCAACUCCUUCUCUUCUUACACAGAGAGCCAGAUUAUCAACAGAGUGAAAAGUUUGCCAAAUUCAACCCCGUCUAAAUCCUUAUCCGGCACGUCUACACUUAUAUCUGCAGCUCCCCCUACUGGUACAACCAAAGUAGUGUGCUCGAGCAUGUCUGUUUGGUUGAAAGUGCUUCUUUUGGGGAUGGGAGCUGCUUUGGUCUUCUUUAUUUACCAAGCCAUGGAAGAUAAUACCGAUAGCCAAUUCUUGACAGCCGACUCGAAAGUGGCCGGUGGCAGCGAAGCAUAG